AUGUGUGAGGUUAAUCAGACCCAGGUCACACAGAUUCGUUUACUUGGGUUUUGUGGCCUGGCCAAAUUUAAAACUCUAUUAUUUAUUGUAGUUCUUUUAACCUAUCUUAUCAUACUCGGUGGAAACCUUUUAAUAAUCAUUUUGGUAACAACUGUAGAUCAUCUUAAAAUUCCAAUGUUCUUCUUCCUCAAGCACUUGGCCACAGCAGAUGUCCUACAGACCACCAGUGUUGUCCCGAUGAUGCUAGAUAUUAUAUUCAUUGAGGAAGGAAGACUAUCAUUUGUUGGAUGCAUUACUCAGAUGUAUGCCUUUGGCAUUUUUGGAUUUGUGCAAUGUAUUCUGAUUGCUGUUAUGUCCUAUGAUAGAUAUUUGGCUGUUUGCAAACCAUUGCAUUAUGCUUCACUUAUGAACCCUAGAGUUUGCCUCCUGUUGGUUCUUGGAUCCUGGUUCUUAGGUUUAAUUGUGGCAGCUUUACCUGCAAUUCUCAUGCAUCAACUGAAUUUCUGUGGGCCAAAUAUCAUAGACCAGUUCUUCUGUGAUCUUGCUCCAUUAUUAGAACUCUCCUGCUCAGACACAUCUAUCGUGAAGACAGAAGCGCUCAUAGCCUCACUCCAUGUAGUUCUUCUCCCAUUCCUGUUCAUCAUAUCUUCUUAUAUCCGUAUUCUUAUUACCAUCCUUCAAAUCCCUUCAGCUCAAGGCCGGCAGAAGACCUUCUCUACCUGCAGUGCCCACCUACUUGUGGUGUGCACUUACUUCCUGACCAUAAUCACGAUAUACAGCGAUCCCUCACAAACCUACUCCUCAAAUGUUAACAAAGUCCGCUCAGUUCUGUACAUAGUCUUGACACCAUUGUUAAAUCCUUUGAUAUAUGCCCUAAAGAACCAGGAAAUCAAAGAUACAUUAAAGAAAAAGCUGUUUAAAGCAUUACAUAUUUAA